GUCCCGACUGUCCUAAGCAAUGCACUUCUUUUAUGGCAUAUGGCUAUGGGUUCGGCGCAGGCACAAAUCUCUGCUUCCUUCAGAUGCCGCUGCCAGUGCUGCAGACGAAACUGGUUCGACUACCUGGGAGACACAGGAAUACCAAAAGAGCAUCACGAGGUUACCAGCUGUGCCAAUUGAACGGGGCCAGCCUUUCUAUCCAGCGACUGAAACGAGGAUAACAGCCGGGCCUCUUCGGUGCGAGCGUUGCAACGGUCGUCGUUCCUCGGCAUACAACUAUGAUCAUUAUCGAGACCCAGUGACAUAUCCCUCCAUGGGUACCUGCUCCCGAUGGUGGACAGGCUGUGCAGCUGCGAAAGCUGAAGCGCGUCUGCACAACAGUCUACAGCAGAUUUAUGAACUACCAGCUAGCAGGACAAUAUAAGAAACCAGCCGAUAGUGCACCUACGUAAAACACACUUUCAUGUCUACUUCCUCCAUUUUUAUUCGCCAUAAAUUAAUAAAGCCACAAAAUGGA